UGGCACACACACAACACACAGGAAGACAGAAGGAGAUGGAAUAUUACUGAAUACUAACACUAUUUACGUUUCUUCUUGUGUGAUGAGCAAAAGUUCCCGUGCACUUUUUUUUUGUCCUGAAACGUUUCUGGAUUGUUCCGUGCUGAGAUGGGGAUGAGGGACUCUGUGGACUGGCAGCUGGGCAGCAGGAGCUGGGCUGGGAGACUUUUUUAACUGUGCUUAUGAAAUAAUAGAGUUCUGUAGAGUUCUGCUGGGAGGGAAAAAAAAAAGGCAAAACUUGUCGCGUAUUAAAUUGUGCGUUUCUCUAAGGAUUGUUUCGUCUGAAGUCCUCCUGUGGAUGGUGGUGUUAAGCAACGGUUGGGUAAGAAGAACUGGAGGGGGAAAAGAGUUGCUAGAUUUUUAACAGUCUGUGUGGCAGGUGAAUAUUUGUGAGCAGAAUAAAAUGCUCUGAUUUAAAAAAAAUAAUAAUUUGUGGGAUGGCGUGAAAUGAGAACACUCUGAACCCUGUGAGCACCGUGCCUUAUGAGCCUUAACUUUUGCGAGCCACCAUGCUGAGCCUGCAGGAUUCGGUCUUCUUUGAGAUCAGCAUCAAAUCUCUCCUCAAGUCCUGGAGUAGCAGCUCUUCUACACCAGUCAGCAGCAGUGCGAUUAGACGCCGUGCCCCCUGCUCGGUGACUCCCCUCACGUGGGAGAAGCACAGCAUCGCCGCCAUGUCCAGCAUCACCAUCGACCCCGAGCUCAAGCCCGGGGAGUUUGUCAUCAAGAGCCUGUUUGCCGAGUUCGCCGUGCUCGCCGAGAAGAAGAUCGAGAUGGUGAUGGCCGAGCCGCUGGAGAAACCACUGUCCCGAUCUCUCCAGAGGGGGGAAGGCGCACAAUUUGAUCAGUUAAUAAGCUCUAUGAGCUCAAUAGCAGAACACUGUUUACCCUCCCUCCUGCGCACACUAUUCGACUGGUACCGGCGGCAGAGCGGCACUGAAGAUGAGUCUUACGAGUACCGACCUCGGUCUAGUACAAAAUCAAAAGGGGAUGAACAGCACCGGGAUAAAGAUUACCUUCUAGAACGACGGGACUUAGCUAUAGAUUUUAUUUUUUGUUUAGUUUCAGUGGAAGUUCUAAAACAGAUUCCUCUUCAUCCAGUGCCGGAUGUUUUAGUACAUGAAGUUCUAAACCUGGCGUUCAAGCACUUUAAACACAAAGAGGGAUACAGUGGCCCCAACACUGGGAAUGUGCACAUCAUUGCAGACUUGUAUGCUGAGGUCAUAGGAGUUCUUACACAGUCAAAGUUUCAGGCAGUGAGGAAAAAAUUCAUCACAGAAUUGAAGGAGCUGCGGCAAAAGGAGCAGAGUCCAUACGUCUUGCAGAGCAUUAUCAGUCUCAUCAUGGGCAUGAAGUUCUUCCGGGUCAAAAUGUAUCCGGUGGAGGAUUUUGAGGCUUCUUUUCAGUUCAUGCAGGAAUGUGCCCAGUAUUUCCUCGAAGUCAAGGAUAAAGACGUAAAGCACGCUCUUGCUGGUCUUUUUGUUGAAAUCCUCAUUCCUGUCGCAGCUGCGGUGAAAAAUGAAGUCAACGUGCCGUGCCUAAAAACGUUUGUGGAGAUGCUUUACCAGACGACGUUUGACCUCAGUUCCAGAAAGAAGCACUCUUUGGCUCUUUAUCCCUUGGUAACGUGCUUGCUAUGUGUGAGUCAGAAGCAGUUCUUCCUUAACAACUGGCACAUCUUCCUGCAGAACUGCCUGUCACACCUGAAGAUGCCAUCUAACAACAGCAUCAGAAAGCAGAUUGAGACACUGCAGAAUAAAGAUCCCAAAAUGUCCCGUGUGGCGCUGGAGUCGCUCUACAGGCUGCUGUGGGUCUACAUUAUCAGAAUCAAGUGUGAGAGUAACACUGUCACACAGAGCCGACUGCUCAGCAUCGUGUCAGCACUUUUCCCCAAAGGCUCCCGCAGUGUGGUGCCCAGAGACACGCCCCUCAACAUCUUUGUCAAGAUCAUCCAGUUCAUAGCCCAGGAAAGACUGGACUUUGCUAUGAAGGAGAUCAUCUAUGACCUGCUGUGUGUGGGCAAGUCUCACAAAACAUUCACCAUCAAUCCAGAGAGGAUGAAUAUUGGUUUGCGAGCCUUCUUGGUGAUUGCAGACAGCCUGCAGCAGAAAGACGGCGAGCCUCCGAUGCCUACGACGGGGAUCAUCAUGCCUUCUGGGAACACCAUGCGUGUCAAAAAGAUCUUCCUCAACACCACACUUACCGACGAGGAAGCAAAAGUGAUCGGUAUGUCAAUGUACUAUCCGCAAGUAAGAAAGGCCUUGGAUAACAUCCUGCGUCACCUGGACAAGGAAGUGGGACGCUCCAUGAGCAUGACAAGUGUUCAGAUGUCUAACAAAGAGCCCGAAGACAUGAUUACGGGGGAGAGAAAACCAAAGAUCGAUCUGUUCCGGACAUGCGUGGCCGCCAUCCCAAGACUGAUACCAGAUGGCAUGAGCAGACAAGAGCUGAUAGAGCUCCUAGCCAAAUUGACCAUCCACAUGGACGAGGAGCUGCGUGGCCUUGCCUUCACGUCUCUUCAGGCCCUCAUGGUGGAUUUCCCCGAGUGGCGGGAGGACGUCCUCUCAGGGUUCGUGUACUUCAUAGUCAGAGAGGUCACGGACGUCCAUCCCACGCUGCUGGACAACGCAGUCAAGAUGCUGCUGCUGCUCAUCAGCCAGUGGAAGCAAGCCGUGCAGAGCAGCAACAAGGGCCAUGAUACACAGGGCUCAACCAACAGCCGGUCUCUGUCCUUGGAGCGCACCCCGCCUUCAGCAGUGCUUCAUGUUGUGGAGGGUUUAGCGCUGGUUGUGCUCUGUAGCUGCCGGCCAGCCACCCGCAAGUUGGCCGUUAAUGUCUUAAAGGAGGUCCGUGCUCUGCACACAGCACUGGGAAUCGGCAAGGGAGAUGAGGAACUGGCUAUUGACGUAAUGGACAGAUUAAGUGCUUCUGUGUUGGAGAGCUUCAUCCACCUGACCGGAGCUGACCAGACCAACUUGCUGUAUUGCCCCAGCGGGAUCGAGCUUCAAACACUAGCAGAGUGGAGUUCCUCUCCCAUCAGCCACCAGUUCGAUGUGGUCAGCCCAUCGCACAUCUGGGUGUUUGCCCACGUCACGCAGGGCCAGGACCCCUGGGUCAUCAGCUUGUCCAGCUACCUGCGGCAGGAGAACCUGCCCAAACAUUGCCCCACCGCCCUCAACUAUGCCUGGAUGUUUGCCUACACCCGCCUUCAGCUGCUGUCUCCGCAAGUUGACAUAAACAGCCCCAUCAAUGCCAAAAAGGUGAACAGUCUGAACAGCAGCGAUUCCUACGUCGGCCUUUGGAGAAACUACCUGAUUCUUUGCUGCAGCUCCGCCUCCUCCUCCUCCUCAAUGUGCUCCUCCUCAUCCUCCACCUCCGGCUCCGUCCGCUGCUCCCCGCCUGAGACGCUGGCGUCUACGCCGGACAGCGGCUACAGUUACGAUUCCAAGAUUGUCGGGACUCCGUCCCCCUCCUCCCUCUUUAAACACAUCGUUCCAAUGAUGCGCUCUGAGAGCAUGGACAUCACAGAGUCUUUGGUGUUGGGGCUUGGCAGGACCAACCCUGUUGCCUUCAGAGAACUAAUAGAGGAGCUAAACCCAAUCAUAAAAGAAGCUCUGGAAAGAAGACCAGAAAACAUGAAGCGACGCAGGCGUCGGGACAUCCUCAGGGUCCAGCUGGUCCGGAUAUUUGAGUUACUCGCUGAUGCUGGCGUCAUCAGCCACGUAUCCAGUGGAGGUUUGGACGGGGAGAGCCACUCUCUCAACAGCACGCUGCUCGAGUACGUGGACCUCACCAGGCAGCUGCUGGAGGCAGAAAACGACAAGGACUCUGACACGCUGAAGGACAUCCGCUCUCACUUCAGCGCACUUGUGGCCAAUAUCAUACAGAAUGUUCCAGUAAACCAGAGGAGGACCAUCUUCCCUCAGCAGUCACUGCGGCACAGUCUCUUCAUGCUGUUUAGUCACUGGGCUGGACCCUUCAGCAUCAUGUUCACUCCUCUGGAUCGCUAUAGUGACAGAAAUAUGCAAAUCAAUCGCCAUCAGUACUGUGCGCUGAAGGCCAUGUCUGCCGUGUUGUGUUGCGGACCCGUAGCCGACAACGUCGGCCUGUCGUCUGAUGGCUACCUCUACAAGUGGCUGGACAACAUUUUGGAUUCACAGGACAAGAAGGUCCACCAGCUGGGUUGCGAGGCCGUGAUGUUGCUGCUGGAGCUCAACCCAGACCAGAGCAACCUCAUGUUUUGGGCCGUGGACCGAUGUUACACCGGCUCACGGCGCGUUGCGGCUGGCUGUUUCAAGGCCAUCGCCAACGUCUUUCAUAACAGGGAUUAUCAGUUUGAUACUGUGGUGCUGCUGAACCUGAUUCUGUUCAAGGCAGCUGAUUCUUCCAGGGAAAUCUACGAGGUAGCCAUGCAGCUGUUACAGAUCCUGGAGCCAAAGCUUUUCCGUUAUGCACACAAACUGGAGAUCCAGCGGACAGAUGGCAUCUUGACUCCUCCCUCACCGCUUCCACACCUGUACUCCGUGUCUUACUACCAGCUUUCUGAGGAGCUUGCGAGAACAUAUCCGGAGCUCACUCUGCCUAUUUUCUCAGAAGUCAGCCAGCGUAUCCAAACAGCACAUCCUAGUGGCCGUCAAGUCAUGUUGCACUACCUCCUACCGUGGAUGAACAACGUGGAGCUGGUGGAAUUCAAGCCGACCAUAAGGCGACCAGAGGACUGCGGCAGCGGCGAGGAAGAGGAGGAUAGCCAAGACCAAGAGAUCAUGAUGGUGAACAGCCGCCGCUGGCUCCGUGGAGAGGGGUGGGGAUCCCCUCGUGCAACGACCAUGGUGCUAAACAACCUCAUGUUUAUGACCGCCAAGUACGGAGAUGAAUUUGCUUGGUCAGAAAUCGAGAACGUGUGGACGACGUUGGCAGACAGUUGGCCAAAGAACCUCAGAAUCAUUCUGCACUUCCUCAUCAGUAUAUCUGGGGUCAGCAGUGACCCCAGCCUCUUGCCCUACGUGAAACGAGUGGUGGUUUACUUGGGCAGAGAUAAAACGAUGCAGCUGCUGGAGGAGUUGAUGUGGGAACUUCAGCUGACUGAGCCGGUCAGCUCAGCUGUGACCCACAUGGACAACCCCCCUUAUUACCGCAUCACCUCCAGUUACAAGAUCCCCUCAGUGACCUCAGGAACAACCUCCAGCAGCAAUACCAUGGUGCCAGGAAGCGAGGGUCAUCAAGACGGCAAGAGCAAAGACCCAAACAUGGAAGACAGUUACACACACCUGGAUAUUUACUCGGGUCUGAACAGCAACCUGAACCGCCAGCACCACCGCCUGGAAUCUCGGUACAGCAGCAGCUCUGGUGGCUCCUAUGAGGACGAGAAGAGUGACUCCAUGCCACUUUAUGCAAACUGGCGCUUGAAAGUAAUGGACCACAACCAGCCGGAGCCUCUCCCGUUCCCCCCGACGGGAGGCUGCUGGGCUCCGUUAGUGGAUUACCUACCAGAGACAAACACCCCCACUGUGCCGCUCCACAGAUGCAACAUUGCAGUCAUCCUGCUGACGGACCUCAUAGUAGACCACGGGAUCAAAGUGGAGUGGAGCGCAUACCUUCACCUUUUGUUACAUGCUGUGUUUAUUGGCUUUGAUCACCAGCACCCAGAGGUCUACGAGCACUGCAAGCGGCUGCUGCUUCACCUGCUUGUCGUCCAGUCUGCAAACAGCCAGUCCGUGGCCAUGGUGCUGCUGCGGAACAGAGACUACAACGAUCCCCGGGUUCUGACGGUGAAGCCAGCGAUUCCAGAGCUCAGCCUUACAGGAAUGCAGGAGAUUUUGCCAGAUUUUCAGCCGUCGCCGAUGACAGACUCGGGCCUCAGCACCAGCUCCACAUCCUCCAGCAUAAGCCUCGGUGCGGGCAGCAGCACUUUGUCCCACCUCUCCCCCACGCUUCUCAUCGAGGCCGAUAUUAACGCCGAACAGGACGACAAGGCCAAGGGUCUCAUCGAGUUCAUCACGUCAAGAAAGCGAGGUCCACUCUGGAAUCACGAAGACGUCUCUCCCAAGAACUCCAACAUUAAGAGCGCCGACCAGCUCAGCGUUUUCGUCAGACACGUCGUCACGGUCUUCAAGCAAUCCCAGACAGGUUUCCCUCUGGACUCCAUGCUGAGCGAAGUAGCUCUGAGAACGGCUCUGUCCUGCUCUUCUCGACACUACGCCGGUCGCUCGUUCCAGAUUUUCAGGGCGCUCAAACAGCCUCUGACUCCGGCCACUCUGUCUGACAUCCUGUCUCGACUAGUGGAGACUGUAGGAGACCCAGGAGAGGAUGCCCAGGGUUUUGUCAUUGAGCUCCUCCUGACAUUAGAGUCAAGCAUCGACACUUUAGCAGAUAUUAUCAAAAACUACGACCUCCUGUCUGCCUUAGCACAAAGCUCUGCCCGCGACCAGUCGUUGGGAGCAAAGUUAGCCGCCAACAGGAAAAGCACGGGCCAGCUCAACCUGAACAGCGGCGGCCUGUUGCAUUACGUCCACACUCGGAGCAACUCGCUUCGCGCCAGCAUCAUCGGCGAGCGGAAAGCGGACAGACGUCGAAGCAACACGCUGGACGUAGCGGACAGACUCGGCGACAACCCCUCCAACCUGCUGCGCACAAAGAGCCUGACGUCGCUGGGCGGGGGCGGCAGCCCGGGAGGCGAAGCCGUCCCGCCGGUGGACCCCUCCAACCUGAUGGCCACCGUCUUCUGGAUCGCCGCCUCCCUGCUCGAGUCCGAUUACGAGUUCGAGUACCUGCUGGCACUGCGGCUGCUCAACAAGCUGCUGGGCCAGCUGCCUCUGGAGCGGGCGGACAGCCGAGAGCGGCUGGAGAACGUCCAGGGGAAGCUCAAGUGGUACAACUUCCCAGGGCUGCUGCAGCUCUUCCUCAAAGGCUUCACCUCCACUUCGACGCAGGAGCUCACCAUCCACCUGCUCAGCAAGCUCAUCAGCGUCUCCAGGCACACGCUGGUCGAUCCUUCACAGGUAGCAGGUUUCCCUCUGAACAUCCUGUGCCUGCUGCCUCACCUCAUUCAGCACUUCGACAGCCCCACUCCCUUCUGUAAGGAGACGGCGGAUAAGAUCGCCAAGGUGUGUGCGGAGGAGAAGUCGGCCACGCUCUCCAACCUGGCCCACAUGAUGAGCCUGUACAGCACACACAGCUAUUCCCGCGACUGCACCAACUGGAUCAACGUGGUCUGUCGCUACGUCCAUGACGCCUUCGCAGAGAGGACCUUGAACCUGGUCACUUACCUGGCAGAGCUGUUGGAGAAGGGCCUACCCAGCAUGCAGCAGUCCUUGCUGCAAAUCAUCUACAGCCUCUUGAGUCACAUUGAUCUCUCAGCAGCUCCUGUCAAACAGUUCAACCUUGACAUCAUGAAGGUCAUUGGCAAAUAUGUUCAGAGCCCGCACUGGAAAGAAGCCCAAAACAUCCUGAAGAUGGUCGUGUCUCGAUCGGCCAGUCUGGUGGUUCCAGACGAUGUGCAGCGUUCGUACAGUUCAGAGUCCUGUGGGUCACCAGAAAUCGCCUUCACUCGCAUAUUCAACAACUCAUCCAAGGAGCUGCCUGGAAAGACCCUGGACUUCCACUUUGACAUCUCAGAGACACCAAUUAUAGGCCACAAAUAUGGCGACCAGCGUACCGCUGCAGGGCGAAACGGAAAGGCGCAGGUGAUCGCCGUGACGAGGAGCACCUCGUCAACGUCGUCUGGCUCCAACUCCAACGGUCUGGUGCAAGUGAGCUGGAAGAGGCCUCAGCUGUCGCAGAGAAGAACCAGAGAGAGGCUGAUGAAUGUCUUGUCUCUAUGUGGUCCAGAGUCCGGCAUUCCCAAAAAUCCAUCUGUGGUUUUCUCAUCCAAUGAGGAUCUGGACUCUGCGGACCAGCAGACCAGCCUCAUCCCCACAGUGGAGGAGGUGGUCCGAGAGGAGGAGAUUCAGGGCGAAGACACGGGCAGCGAGCAGCAGUUUGGCGUCUUUAAGGACUUUGACUUCCUGGACGUGGAGCUGGAGGAUGCCGAGGAGUUGCAGGGGGAGAGCAUGGACAACUUCAACUGGGGGGUGCGCCGCCGCUCCCUGGAGAGCAUGGACAAAGGGGACACACCGUCUUUGCAGGAGUGCCAGUACGCUGGCAGCACGCCGAGCCUCAACCUCACCAACCACGAGGACACGGACGAGUCAUCGGAGGAGGAGGUACUGAGCGCUAGCCAGAUUCUCACCCGCUCCAGCCUUCUGAACAGCGACUCGGCGACGGACGACACUGCGUCCAACCAUGUGGACUCGCUGCAGCAGUCUCAGGAAUCGUCCAGCAGCGCCAUGACCGAAGAGGCCACCGUCCUGCCCUCCCUGCCCUCACUCCCCUCCCUCCCCCGACUGGAUAGCCCCAGUUUGGAGAUGGCCCACUCAGACAGCACCAGCAGCCAGCUGCCUGAGGACGCUGUUAGCAUGACUGCGGCAGAUGAGCUGAGCAGCAGCGUGAGUGAGGACACGGGCUUUUGCAGCGUCCCCCCCCUGCCGUCCGAUGCGCCCGAGCUGUGCGACCUCCCUGACCCGCAGGACCCCCAGUACUCCCAGGACGUCCAGGAGACCCAGGACCCUCACGAGGACCUGGACCCGGCUCCCCCUCCUCCGCCGGCCAUCGACACGCCGCCGGGGUCGUUCUGUGAGGAGGAUUGCCAGACCGUGCUGCCGCUGUGCAUCCCCUCCACGCCGGAUCCCAAGCCGGAUCCAGACCCGGACAGCACCUGUGGCUCUUUGUGGGAAGAGGACGUGACGAAGGCCCUGAAGGAGCUGGAUGAGCGCUGCGAGGAAGAGGAGGCAGACUUCUCUGGCAUGUCUAGUCAAGAUGAAGGUGACGCAGACGGCUUCCCAGAGAUCCAGGCCUCUCCGCCCCCUUCGCCCUUCCUCUCAGCCAUCCUGGCGGCGUUCCAGCCCGUCGCCUAUGACAACGAGGAGGACGCUUGGCGUUGCCAUGUCAACCAGAUGUUGUCGGACACGGACGGCUCCUCUGCUGUUUACACUUUCCAUGUGUUCUCUCGACUAUUUGAGAAUAUCCAGAGGAAGUUUGGUUCCAUCACACAUUCAUCCGUCCGCUUUUUGGGCGAGAGGCUCCAGCGAAUGGGCAAUCAGUUCCUCAGCUCGCUCGAGGUCAUGACGUCUCACUCACAGUGCCCCACUGUGCUCCUGGACGCAGAGACUCUGGUCUCUUGUGGACUUUUGGAGACUCUGAAGUUCAGUGUGCUGGAGCUGCAGGAGCAUCUGGAUACAUACAACGCCAAGAGGGAAGCUGCAGAGCUCUGGCUGGAAAACUGCAGGAAAACAUUUGGGGACAAAGACAGCAGCCAGCGACCAAACACUCACACUCAGCAAAUGGAAAAUCUAGCAGAGCUGGAGUUGUGUCGGCGACUCUACAAGCUGCACUUUCAGCUGCUUCUGCUGUUCCAGGCCUACUGCAAGCUCAUCAGCAGAGUGGACACCAUGAAGCGAGAGGCAGAGGUGACCAACAUGUCCGAGGAACUCACCAUCCUGGAGAGCUGCCUGAUCGAGGCAGAAACAGGAAAUGAUAACCAGGAGGAUGUGUGCAUGUCAGACAAUGCCCAGACCAACACCGAGACGGCAAUCCAGUCACUAAUAGAAACGCUGAGAGCCAGAGACUUCAGCUCCGCUCUGUCGCAGGUCAAAAUAUUCAGGUCUUUGUGGCCUAACGACAUCUUCGGGAACGAGACGGACAACGCCGUUCAGACCCUCCUGCACAUCUACUUCCGCCACCAAACGCUGGGCCAGACGGGCUGCUUGGCGGUGGUGGGCCCCAGCAGGGACCUGUCUCAGGCCAGCACCCGCCUCAUGGAGCUCAACCUGCAGAUCCGCGAGGCUCUGAGUCAGGCUCAGGCAUGCCAGCUUCACACGACCACAUUCAGCACCGGACUUUAAACCGAACCGGAAAGGACCGAACCGAAAUCAGCCCCACUAUAGAGAGUUGUGGGAGCGGGGGACAAGAGAGAUUAUACAUACAAAGGGCUAAAGGAUGUGUGGGAAGUAACUGUGACUCUUCAUGCAUUAGCGUUACCUGUAUGAAUGCUUAAAGCUCAUAGCUUUUUCCAGACUAAGCCAAUUUGCAAAAUUCAGUUGCAAUAAGUCAUGUGAUGGUGUGUCUGGUGAAGAUUGGACCCAGUGGGAUAUUUUAUUUUACCCCUUUUUUUUUUUUUUGCCUGAUCUGACCGGGAGGAGCCUGUCGCACUGAGCGCUGGCCUCCUCCGGUUCCGGUGUCGAAGCGCGUACGACGGUCCGUGUUAAGGACACACCAUCAAGACUCAGAAGCAAACUCAGAAGAAUCUUGUUUAUAUUUAAAAAAAAAAAAAAAAAAA